AUGUGAUGGCUGUGAAUAUGGCGAUGUUUACAUGUAAGGAUCAUAUUAUCAAUAUAGUUACAAGUUUGUGUUUGUUGAAUGUUCUAGCACAAUGUGGAGCCUACACGAUCACUUUAGAAGUUGACAAAGCCUACAUAGAAGAAAAUCAAACAGCGACGCUUACUUGUACUACAGACACUGAUCAGGGAUUUAUGCAGUUUCUAUACACACCGUCUGCACGUGCUACAAACCCUACGGAAACAGCUGUUUACGUGAUAUAUAACACAACAUCAAGAGCCUGUUAUAUGUAUGUCCUCAAUAACGAAGUUGUGUCCGAUUGCUCUUGUGAAAAUUCCACACGAUAUAUUUGCAACACACAGCCCCUUACCAGACAUAAUAUUGGCGAUGCUUGGUUCUGUCUUGGGGCAAAUAUACGCAGCAACACUGUUCAUACAAACAUCAUAGUACGAAUCCAAACUGCACAAAUACUGGAAAACAUAACAGAGCUGAUAGAUAUACAGGAAGGCGAGUUGGUAAAAUUAACUUGUGAAUCGACUUUUGGUAAUCCGGCUGCAAAUAUAACAUGGUAUCUUGACAACAAAACACCAAAUGUUAACGAUGAUGAUACGCUAAUAUCUUCUGAAACACAAAUAACAGUUAGUGCCAACAUAGACAGGACGUACAACACAUCAAGUUUCCUAAUGUUCAACCCCAGUAGAAAUGAAGAUGGCAUGUCUGUUUAUUGCAAUGCAAGCAAUAUGGACUCCAAAAAGACAUCAAGUAGGAAACUCAUUUUGAAUGUGACAUACAAACCAGAUACUGGCAUUCUUAUAAACAACAAUAAAAGUUAUACCGACUUUUACAUGAUCCGGAAUUCUCCAACGAUUCAAAGUCUCCAAUGUGAAGUUCGUGGUGGUAAACCGUUUGCGAAUCUGACUUGGUCGUGCUACGAGGGAAAUCAAACAAAUGCCAACACUACUAUCGGUGCAACUAGUAACAUAACGUGGAUUGCAGGAAUCCAUAAUGAAUCAGUGUGCAUCUGCAAGGCCGCGCACAUUCUUGGAUGGUCAGAUGAAAAGAAAAUUCAUGUUCAUGUUUUAUAUCCAUCAUCUGAGCCGACCUGCACAGUUGGAAAGACAACCGUUAUCGGUGGAGCCGUUAAUGUUACUCUAGCUUCAAACUUUACGAUGACAUGCACAAGUGAUGCUAAUCCAGAACCUAAUAUUUUCUUAUGGAGUUUACCAUCGGGACAAAGCGUGAACGGGCAGGACUUGUUUCUUCCUUCUUUUAAAAAGGAUGACGAUGGAAUAUACGUUUUGUAUAUUCAAAAUACCAUGUCACCCAGCAUUGGAUACAAUAUCAACGGAUCAAGAAAUGCCACAUUUUCACUCCGUGUACACUAUCAUCCAAUGAAAAUAAACUUUCGGUUUGGAAGCAAGGACGGUAUUCUUAUCAAUAAUACGCGUAUCGAUGUUAUUAAGGACGACAUCAUUACUCUCGCUUGCGUAGCGGAUGGACAUCCUCUCCCAAAUUACACCUGGAUAGACAGCAAUGUUGGAGAGUUAUAUCAACAUUCGUUUACUGAGGAUACAGAAAUUGUUUGCCAUGCCUCAAAUACCCUAUUCCCAACGGGAUAUGGAAGGCUUGAACAAGAAGUUAUUACCAGCGCUGGACUCCAAGUGAAUGUAUUAUAUCCAGCAACACAUCCCAUAUUCUUCCUUUCUACAUGCACUAACAUGAGCUUUGAAUACAUAAGCUUCAUUAAAGUUGAUAUAGAUGAAGCAUUGCGCAUAAAUUGUUCUGCAGACGGAAAUCCGUUACCAGCAUACCUCUGGUCUGAAAAUAUACAAUCAAGUCAACUUUACAUCAAAAACGUGUCAAGAAAUCAUACCUCUGAUUACUUCUGCACUGCUCAUAACACCAUGAAAUCUUCAUAUGGAAAGAGUAUUUCUUCAUCGAUGACCUCGAGUGUUUACCUCGAUGUGUUGUAUCCACCAAAAAUAACAAACCUAAACAAAACAGUUGAGGUCCUUGAAGGUGUUAACUUCAGUUUUACUUGUGACGCUGAACCGGGAAACCCAAAUGUCUCAUCAUUUUCUUGGACUAGUAUACAUCAUCCUGAAAGAAAUACAUCGGGCCAAUACCUCAAGAUACAGAAUAUAUCGCUAACCGACGGAGGUGUAUUUACUUGCAUUGUUCAAAAUAUAUUGCACCCAACUGGAUGUCCGAGAAAGAUUGGAACUGAUACAGGAAACGUUUAUAUUGACGUCCAGUAUAAGGCGUCAAUUCAGACGUUUUCUGUUCCUGAUACGACUGUCCACCAUGGUGACACACUUAACUUUACUUGUGAAGUAGAUAGUUAUCCAGCUGCUAAUAUCAGCAUUGUACCACCUACGGGUUCCACCCUCAAGUUUAUUCAUGGAAACAAUCGGUUACAUUACAGCAAGAAGAGUUCGUGCUUACAGGACAUGGGUCUGUUUUCGUGUGUGUCUGCAAACAAGUACAACCGUUUGCAGCCCGACAGGAGAAAUGUCACUGUGGAUGUGAAAUGUGCACCCAUGUAUAAGCAUAAUGAACGGCCAUCGACAGUUGUCUCUACCAUUCUGGGAGGGAAGGCAGUUUUAUACUUUACAGUAUUUUCGAACCCAUCCCCAAGCUCUAUGAUAUGGAAAAAUCUUACAAAUAAUAAGUUACUCUCAACUGAUUAUUACGGAUUGGACAGAGUGACUAUAAACACAACGGAUGACAACUCAACAUCUGUCGUCACAAUAACCAACAUUGGAUUGUGGGACUUAGGCGAGUACUCAGUCAUUGCGGAAAAUGAUUUUGGGAUUUUAAGAGAAACGUUCCGAAUAGAAUUAAAUGAUAUCUCUGGACCUGUUGGUGAAAAUUCAUCUUCGACUCUUUCUAACAAUGCAAUUUGGAUAGUGGUAGGAGUCACCAUCGGCGCUGUAUGUUCUGUGGUGAUUGUAACGGUUCUGAUAUUGAUGUUCCUUCACAGAAAACGCCAAAGUGGUUUUGAACAAAACCGCUUGAAGGAUGAAAGUAGUUCUAAAGAACAAGCGGGGUACGACGAUAUUGCCAUGGUUCAAAGAAUAACACCUAAUGAAUAUAAUGAUCUUGACUUCAGAAGUACAAAUGAAAAAAAGAUGCAAACAACAUUUCAGGACAGCGACGUAUACGAAAAUCUGACACUGGCAUCAACAAAAAGCAGUGCAUUAACAUGAACUCAUUUCAUGCAAUGGUGGUGUACAGAUACAACAUAUUAUUUUGUGACGUUUCAACAGGGCUAACAGUGUUUAAUAUUUGGCUUGCGGAGAAAUGUUUAACUUGUUUACUUUUUAUUAAAAUGCAAUAAUGUUCAACGUACCUUCUUUGAUAUGUAAAAUUUGGAAUUUCUGUUUGUUGUUUGACUUUUUUCCUUAUAUCAUUGUUUAAGGUUUAAACACGUUCGUUCAAUCAUGUGACUGCAUUAAGUUUUCUGCAUCUUGCGUAAUAAGAAACUUUAUUGAAAAUGAUUUACUUCCUCACUCUUCCUUGCAGUUUAUUUUUCAGCAUGUAGAAUUAUUGGUGUGCAUGGCGAAUGAAGCAAACACUUAAAAUACCAAAAGCAUAUUGGCCAACCCAUGCACAACAAAACAGAAUUAAAAAUGCGUCAAUAAAUCGCAUUUGAAGUGAAGUGAUAUAAUGUGCACAAACAAAGGACAUGAAAUGGAAAAAAACCAACAUCUAGAGCCGAUUUCCAAACACAUUGUUACUAUACGGAUAUUGUUAUUUUGUGAUAUUUACACCUUAAAUUCCAUACCUUGUAUGAACGGAGUUUCGGCAAUUGUGAUUAUCAUCUGAUGAACAAAACAUCUUCCUAUAUGCUCGGAUCGUGAAUGAGCUCGUUUGUAUAAACACGUACAUUGAAAAUUGUUUAUCUUGAUAGUGUUUUUAUUGUGUAAGCAAACUACGAAAACACAACAUGUUGAAAAGUCUUAAUUCACGAUUUGUUAAAAUAUUGUUGUCACUAACAUUUAAAUUUUACCUAAAAAAUUAACUAUGAAUUUUCCUGGGAUGUUAUGACCUUAUAUGACAGACUGAUUUGGUAAGAGGUCCGUUUGUACUAUUUACAGAAUAGGUGAACAUAAUUAUUGAACGAUUUCUUUAAUAAAAUAAGUAUUUUUAACAAAUCUGGAAAUAAUAAAUGAGGUAAAUAUAAGUAUGGUUGCUUGAUUACGGUCAUUAUCGGGGAUAGGCAUCGCUCUUGGACUGUAACAGUUAUUGACUGCUGGACAUCUGGUGUGAGAUCAUGACUUUUUACCAGUAGAUAUUUAGUUUUUUAAAUCAGAUACAUUGGUCUACGUAUAGUCUACGUUCACUUUAGUGCACUGACAUUAAAACAGUUGUGAUUAAGUUAUGGGUUAUUAAG